AUGGGCCGCGGCUUCCCGGACCUCGCGGCGCAAGCCCUGAGUUUCCCCGUCGUGGACCAGGGCGUCGAAGUCCUCGUAGGCGGUACGUCCGCCUCCGCGCCUGUCGUCGCUGCCAUAGUCGGACUACUCAACUCCGCGAGGCUGUCAGCGAACAAGCCACCACUAGGCUUCUUGAACCCGUGGCUCUAUUCCGAGGGCUACAGGGCGCUGACGGAUAUUGUCGAGGGAGGAAGCACGGGCUGUAUGUUGAAUGAGUUGGGAGAGCCGGAGACGCCGUUUGUGCCGUAUGCGAGUUGCAACGCGACGGUCGGGUGGGAUGCGGUGACGGGGUUUGGGACGCCGGAUUUUGGGAAGAUGCUGAAGCUGGCGAUGAGGAGAGAGGAGAGGAGGCCCUGGAGACGGGGCUGA